AACAGUCCAGCUGCGGCCCUACUGAUGAACUGGUUCACCUGGAACUACACAUCUGAGUCACUUUUAGUAGCCACAAAGGAAAAAUUAUAAACAAAUACAAUGGCCACCUUAAAGGCCUCAUCAUCUGCGCAUUCCUCACGUGCAUGGGUCUGACCUUCCUGAUCCUGGCCUGCGCCGUGCCCACACCCAAGAUAUUCUACCCCUUCUUCGUGCUCCUCUUCUACGCACUGUCCGUGCUGCCGGUGUUCAUAGCCAAGCGGACAACGCCGGGCAACGAGACCAAUCCGAAGUCGGAGUUCGCCCUCUUCCUCACCGCUGGCAUGGUGCUGAGCGCCUUCGCCCUGCCCAUCGUCCUCGCCCACGCCUCGGUGAUCACCUGGACGGCGAGCAUCCUGACAAUAAUUAGCAAUAUCAUAAACUACGGCACCAUCUUUGGGUACGCCAUGCGCGAUGACGAGCCCUACGGCUCCAUGUUCUAGAGAGGAGGAUCCAUAGUGUAGAUGCCCAGUAACUAGUCCCGGAAUGCAUUUGGGCCCUGUGGUUACUGGCUUUUAUCCGUAAGCACGUUUAUCCGCUGUCAUCAAUUAAUCUCAUAUUAUAAAUUGUAUCCAGAAAUCAAACGCAAACGAAAUAAACAGAUAAACAUUA